GGCCCGGGUGGGAGGUACACAUUUUGAUCGUCAGAGUGAAGGAAGUCCUUUUUUGUCUUUCUUCUCUCUCUAAAUUCUAAAAAGCUUGCUGGUGCCUCUGUAAACUUCCUCGCUGUUUAUAUUUCCUUUCCUCGCUUUGAAAAUGAUCCGAUUUAUAUUGCUACAGAACAGACAAGGUAAGACUCGUCUUGCCAAGUAUUAUGUUCCUCUAGAAGAAUCUGAGAAACACAAGGUUGAAUAUGAGGUGCACCGUCUGGUAGUUAACAGGGAUCCUAAAUUCACCAAUUUUGUUGAGUUUCGUACACACAAGGUUAUCUACAGGCGAUAUGCAGGGUUGUUCUUUUCAACGUGUGUGGACAUCACAGAUAACGAGUUGGCUUACUUGGAGUGUAUCCAUCUAUUUGUGGAGAUACUGGACCAUUUCUUCAGCAAUGUUUGUGAGCUAGAUUUGGUUUUUAACUUUCACAAGGUUUAUUUGAUACUCGAUGAAUUCAUUCUUGCUGGGGAGCUCCAAGAGACAAGCAAGAAGGCAAUCAUUGAGAGAAUGGGGGAGUUAGAAAAGCAAGAGUGAGAAAUGGUUGAGGAAAAGAAUGAGUCGUGGUGCAUUUCUUUCUAUUCCACAGCCUUCUGCAGUUAUAUGUUCUCUUAGAAUGAACAAAAUUGUGUGAGAUUACGCCAUUAUUGACGUAAGAAGCCAGCUGACCUUGAAAUGGUGAGCUGGUUGCUGCAGAGAGAUUAUUAUUAUGGGCGAUCCCAUGAGUUGAAAGGUCCUUGUAAUUUGUAUUGUAUAUCUGUACUUGAAUAGAGUUGCAUCACUAACAGGAAGCUCUCAGUUGUUAUCCCUUGAUUUUGUUGCAAAAACAUUUUAUUUUCUUUCUUUCUA